UGUGUCGUGUUUCUUUACGACAGUUGUGACAAACCAGAAGAGUUAUUUGGGAAGUCGCUGAUGUUUUCAACCUGAAGUCUGACGAGAAACCAAAUGGCAUGAGAAACAACAACUGGACAAGUAUAAUACACACCCGCUGAAGAAUAUGACAAUAACCGUGAUGCCAGAAAUAAUAACACAUUUGAUAUAGUUAUCAUUCUCGACGCUAGCUAGCUAGCUAAGCUAAUUUAGCCAACACCAGCCUUCAUCCCGUGGAGCCACCACCGAGUCCAUGGGAUCACCAUGUUUUGAAACGAAUUCGAUGUGACAGCCUAAUAUUUCUGGGUGCCUUCUUCUGUUGCUGACUCAUAGCCGGGCUCCUGUCAUUUUAAAACAAUGUGGCUGCAGCAGAGACUAAAGGGGCUCCCGGGCUUGUUGUCUAGCAGCUGGGCGAGGAGGCUUCUCAUCGGGCUGCUGCUCUUCCUCAUUUUCUACUGGUACCUGGGAGCGGAACGCAGGUGGAGCUUCUUCAGCGGAUCGGCCAUGCCCGGCGGAGCGGCCGGACAGUGCCUCCUGGCCGAGAUCCACAAUUGGAAGUCCCUGGUUGAGCGGGGAGAGGGGAUCUACAGCACGCCCCAGGAACAAAUGGAUACUCCUUUUGUUUCAGGUAAUGGCCACAUUCUCAUUGACAUUGACUCUAACAAGCUGUGGGUGGCCCCGUCCUCACAGCCCGGCUCGGCUCCGGUCCACCAGACUGAAUACUCACCCAGAGUCAACGUGCGUCUGGAGGGGAACCGGGCCGAGGUGCAGGCCACCAUGCUGUGGUUCCGGAAAGGAUCCGUGCUGUCGGUCCGCUGCGCUUCACCAGCAGGGUCGCAGUCAGCCCGGGACUGCGUCUCCAUCAGAGAGGAGUUCAUCGCGCACAGAAGCAGACCGAACGUCUAUCUGCAGCGAAUCAACAUCAACAACCCAUCAGAGAGGACCGUGUCUUUGGACGUUUCCUCUGACAACCCACCCUUUGGUAGCAAGUUCUCCACCAGUGUGGAGAAACUGGAGGACAGAGACAUAAUGCUCUCCUCCGGCAGAGUGCCUGUGGAGAAUAACCGCAUGGUGCUGGUGGUGGUGGUCACCAAGAAGCUGAGCAGCAGGAUCCAGGUUCCCGCUAAGGUAGAUCACAAGGAGAACAUCUUGUCGGUGGUUUGGACCUCGGAGCCGAUCGAGCCAUCCAAGCUAGAGGAGACCUUCAGCGCCCUCAGAGAGGGAGCAAAGAAGGAGCUGGGGGAGCUGCUGAGGACCAGCUUGGAAGACCUGGUGAAGGAGCACCAGCAGUCCUGGACGGACCUCUUCAUCUCAGGUGUUGAAAUGAGGAAGAUCACAGACUCCCACACCCCGUCGAGCCGCACGGUGAACACCACCCUCUACUACAUCCUGUCCUCCUCACCGGCCCCGCUCCUGGAUCGCAGGCUGAGCGGAGAGGAGCGCGUCCGCCUGGAGUCCAGCCUCAACUAUGCCGACCACUGCUUCAGCGGCCACGCCACCAUGCACGCCGAGAACCUGUGGCCGGAGCGCGUGAGCAGCGCGGCGCAGAUCCUGCAGCUGGUCACGCUGUGGACCCUCACACUGCAGAAGAGGGGCUGCAAGGUGCUGGUGGCGGCCGGGGCCCACGGCAACAUGCAGGCCAUGGUGCUGAGCUUCGGGGGCCUUCAGUUCACAGAGAACCACCUCCAGUUCCAGGCCGACCCGGACGUGCUGCACAACAGCUAUGCACUGAGGGGGAUCCACUACAACCAGGACCUGAUCAACCUGGCGGUGCUGCUGGACGCCGAGGGGAAGCCGUUCCUCCACGUGUCGGUGAAGCAGCAGGAGAAGCCGGUGAAGCUGUACGCCUGCGAGGCUGGCUGCCUCAACGAGCCUGUGGAGCUGACAUCCGAGGUGAAAGGUCACACCUUCCCCGUGAUGGUGACGCAGCCCAUCACGCCGUUGCUGUACAUCUCCACGGACCUGCGCCACCUGCAGGACCUCCGCCACACCCUGCACCUCAAGGCCAUCCUGGCUCACGAGGAGCACAUGGCCAACAGGUACCCUGGCCUGCCCUUCCUCUUCUGGUUCAGCGUGGCCUCGCUCAUAACACUCUUCCACCUCUUCCUCUUCAAGCUCAUAUACAACGAGUACUGUGGGCCCGGAGCCAAGCCCCUCUUCAGGAGCAAGCAGGUGGCCCACAGGAGUGAGGAUGUCUGCUGUGAAACCAAGAAUGCUGUUUGAACACUGCAGUCGACAUUUGCUAGUGUCUGUGCUUCCGCUGGGGUAGCAUGUGAGAUAUUAACACGGGUGUGCUGCCUGGCGCUGUAUAACAUGUUUUACUUUUGUUUUGGUGUAAGCUAGGUAAAGACUCAUAACAGUGGGGUCUCUCUUAAGGGAUCUGCUGUGAGGCUGCAGAGGCAUGCAGGGUAAAACUGGCACCUACAUCACAUCAGUUGCAUUCAGAAAUCUGCUUAUUUUCUUUCCUAACAUUUGAAAAAAUCACCAGAAAUGCCCAUCAUGUACACAUUUCAAUGUCGAACAACAGUCCAAAACAUUCUGCUCAUGCUAGACCCAAAAAAAAGGAAGUUUGAGGAACUAAACAGGGUUUAGCAUAUUAAAUGAAAGGAAUGUUGGUAUAAAUAAUUCAUAGAAGAUAACAAAGCAGCAAUAAAGAAAACGUUUGAUCAGCAAGUCUAUUUUAAGAUGUGACUUCAUUCCUUACCCAUCAACCCGAGUAGUUUUCCCUUUUAAAGCCAGUGAUCUUUUCUUAAAAAUCAUCAGAUUCCAGAUCGAUGCAUGAGAAGCAGAGAUAUUAGAGUGUGUGUGGGGUGUGGGGUGUGGGUUGGGGGGAAGCAUGCUUCUGGGUAAUGAAGAACACUCACUUCUUACACAUAAUGCUUUAAAUGGGCCCUAUUCUGCUAAUUUUCAGGUUCAUAUCAGUAUGUAGUGUCUCUACUGGGAUAUGUCUCCAUGCUUUAAUGUUCAAAAAGCUCUUUAUUUUUCUCAUACUGCCUGUGCUGCAGCCCCUCUUUUCACCCUCUGUCUCAAACCAGAGCACAGUCUGCUCUGACUCCAUUAGCUGGCUAGCUCAGUUGUGAUUGCUCAACCUUAGCUUAUCAUGUACAAUGUGUUGGAGCGCUAGACAGUUGAAGCCUUGCGUAAUGAACAAAGGGGUCCAAUGGAGAGAAACUCCUCUGGAAGGGAGCAUUUAGCAAGUUAGCAUUUACAUGCACAGAAUCCUAUAGAACACACUACAGGAAAGAGAAAACCCAAAAAGCAGAAUAGGGCCUCUUUAACGCACACUCCUGGGUAGAAAAAAACUCAUCCGAAAUUCUUAAUUCAAACACAUUAUCUUCCUCCUCUUCAGCGUGCUGCUGUGCAACACUUGUUUCUAAAUCCUGUAACACGUUCUUUAAACUUUUCUCAUACCUGUCAGACAUGUCACAUAAUACGUCAAUUUACUUUCUUCCAUUGCUUGAGUCAUCAGGAACUGUAACUAACAGCCCUACUGAACACUGGUUAGUAACAACUGUGGUUAUCCCGUUUGGAAGUUGGAUUUACGGCCUCAACAGAGUCGUUCUUAGACAUACCAACAGUGCCGGAUCACUCACAGUCUGACUGGGGAAGGAGCUCUAAUCAGAAAGUUCUCCGCAAUAGUAAAACAUAUUUGAAAGGCAAAAGAAAGAAGUAAUAUUUUUGGGAUACUUUUUAUAAUUAUUCUGACACAUCUAGUGCAUUUGAUUCUACUAAAUCAUUCUAAACAAAGACCUUUUGAAAUAUUAAGACACAAAUAACUGUACUGUUCUCAAGUCUAUGCAGAUUAUUGACAUGUCAGUGUUUGUCGUUUACACUCUUUCUUUUUAUGUGUGUGGGUUUGAUCCAGUGUCUUUAUUUACUGUGAACUACUGAUUGUGCUGUAAUGGAGAAGGAAUUAAUUUAAGCUAUUUAAUGGCUAUAAGCAUAAUCGGAUUGGAUUGGAUUGUACUUGAAUGUUCGUGUUAAAUUGAAGUAAAAAAUAUUUCAUAUUAUUUUACGUUGGGGAGAAUAAAUCAGUUGAUGACUGUGAAAAUAAUAA